AUGGCAUCUUCUUCAACUUCAUCCAUUCACAAGAGCAUCUUUAAGUACGAUGUAUUUUUGAGUUUUAGAGGUGAAGACACUCGUAAAACAUUCAUUGGUCAUCUUUAUGACGCUCUUAAGCGAGAAAGCAUUGAAACUUACAAGGACGACAUGGACCUCGAGAAAGGGAAAAAGAUCAGUAAAGAGCUCAUUCAAGCCAUCCAAGACUCGAGAUUCCAUGUCAUUGUUUUCUCCAAGAACUAUGCAUCUUCAUCGUGGUGCUUGGAUGAGCUUGUCAAGAUUAUGGAGUGCCAAAAGACGAUGAUUGGGCAUACUGUUUACCCAAUCUUCUAUGAUGUGGAACCCACUGAAGUCCGCAAACAAAGUGGGGAAUUUGGAAAAGCCUUUGCCAAAUAUGAAAAGGCCGAGGCUACUCAGAAAUGGAGAGAAGCUCUGGUAGAAGCGACAUCUUUCAGUGGCUGGGACUUAAUGACCAUUGCUGAUGGGCAAGAAGCUGAAUUUAUCAAAAAAGUUGUUAAAGAAAUUUCAAUUAAGCUACCUUCCAUCAGCACUGCUGAUUAUAACUUAGUAGGCAUGAGGACUCGGAUAGAUCACGUGGUUUCAUCUUUAAACACUUUUCGUGAUGAGUUUUGCAUGAUGGGAAUCGUGGGGGUGGGAGGUAGUGGAAAGACAACUUUGGCCAGAGCUGUUUUUGAUCAAAUAUGCAAUGAGUUCGAAGGUAGCAGCUUUGUUGAGAACGUUCGGGAAUGUUCAUUAGGUUUGAACUCAUUGCAACAACAAGUCCUUCGCAACGUGUUAAAGCAAGACGUUAUUGUAACUGGUCUUACAGACGGGAAAAUCAAGAUGAAAAGGCAUAUGCUAGGUAGAAAGGUUCUUGUUGUUCUAGAUGGUGUGGAUAAUAUAGACCAACUUGAGGCCUUAGCUGGUGAGCCUAAUUGGUUUAAGCGCGGAAGUAAAAUUAUCAUUACAACAAGAGACAAGCAAAUACUAGUAGCGCACAAAGUAGUGAAAGUUAUUCACGAUGUCAAUCUAUUAACACACGACGAAGCAAUUUGCCUCUUGAGUAGGCGUGCAUUUGGGACAGAGAUUCCGAUUCCAGGGUAUGAAAAGCUAUCAGCGAAAGUUGUAAGUAUUGCUGAUGGUCUUCCUUUGACGAUUACAACCGUGGGUUUGAAUCUCUAUGUAUGGAUAGAUACCUUAAAAGGACUAGAAAAAAUUCCAUUUGAUGGAACUCUACAAAAGUCACUGUUAAAAUCCAUCCAUGCAAAGGAAGAUCUCAAGGACAUAUUCCUAGAUGCUGCAUGCAUAUUGAAAGGUUGGAAGGAAGAUGAAGCAAUUAGAGUGCUUGAAAGCUAUGGAUUUAAUGAUAUACAUGGUUUGAGUGUUUUCUUUAAGGGAAAAUCUCUCGUAACUAUUUCUCAUGAUAAGAACUCGGGCAUGCACGAUCAUAUAGAAGAAAUGGGGGGGCACCCUGUUCGCCAUUUGUACCCUCAUGAUCCUGACAAGCAUAGCCGACUGUGGUAUAAGAAGAAAAUCAAUGAUACAUUGGCGAAUAAUCGGGAAAAGGGAAAUUUUAUUGGUAAGGGAGAGAAAACCAACACUUUUUCAUUUGUUAAGACGCAAAUCACAACAUUGGAUCUUAAUGGAUGCGAGGAUUUGUUAGAACUUCACUUGCCCCAUGAAUGUCCACAGCUCAAAACAUUGAAUCUUGAGGGAUGUAGGGCUUUGGUAGAACUUGGCAUGCCCGAUGAAUGUCCACAACUCAUAACAUUGGAUCUUAAUGGAUGUGAGGAUUUGUUAGAACUUCACAUGCCGCUUGAAUGUCCACAACUUGAAACAUUGAAUCUUGAGGGAUGUAGGGCUUUUCGAAAACUUGACAUGCCCGGUGAAUGUCCACGGCUCAUCACAUUGGAUCUUAAUGGAUGUGAGGACUUGUUAGAACUUCAAAUGCCACGUGAAUGUCCACAGCUCAAAACAUUGAAUCUUGAUGGAUGUAUGGGUUUUCGAAAACUUGGCAUGCCCGGUAAAUGUCCUCGGCUCAUCACAUUGAAUCUUAAUGGAUGUGAGGAUUUGUUAGAACUUCACAUGCCGCGUGAAUGUCCACAACUUGAAACUUUGAAUCUUGAGGGAUGUAGGGCUUUUCGAAAACUUGACAUGCCCAGUGAAUUUCCACGGCUCAUCACAUUGAAUCUUAAUGGAUGUGAGGAUUUGUUAGAACUUCACAUGCCCCUUAUAUGUCCCCAACUUGAAACAUUUAAUCUUGAGGGAUGUAGGGGUUUAGUAAAACUUGACAUGCCCGGUGAAUGUCCACGGCUCAUAACAUUGGAUCUUAAUGGAUGUGAGGAUUUGUUAGAACUUCACAUGCCCCGUGAAUGUCCACAGCUCAAAACAUUGAAUCUUGAGGGAUGUAGGGGUUUGGUAAAACUUGACAUGCCCAGUGAAUCUCCACAACUCAAAACAUUGAAUCUUAAGGGAUGUAGGGGUUCUGUAAAACGUUUUGCUACAUAUAGCCGUGAAUAA